AUGAUUGCUUUGCAAGAUCUACCCUUCAAUUUUGUGGAAGAUAUUUGGACCGAACCAAGUUCGAAUGUGUCUUUAUUGAGUCUGACAGUGCAUGGCAUAAAUAGAGAUUUUAAAAGACUAAAAGUUAUUUUAAAAUUGACGGAAGCAUACAGGAGACCUAGUUCUAAAAAAUUAAGAGUAUGUUGAUGGAAUGGGGUCAUCAUAAAAGAGAAAAUUCAUUGUUUUGUACGCGACUCUGGAUCUAAUAUGAUACGAGCAAUGAAACUCGGCGACAUACCUGAUGUCAGUUGCACUGUACAUCAGUUGCAACUGUGUGUGCGAACUUUGAUAGAUUGUGAUGAAGAAAUUAAAGCCUUAAUAACGAAAUGCAAAAAAAUUUCGACGCCUUUUAAUCAUUCCCAAAUAGCUCUGACUGAACUGUAUAAAAUACAAAAGGAACAACUCAACCAAGAAUGUUUGAGUGUAAUACAGGAGUGUAGUACGCGGUGGAAUAGUACAUUUUAUAUGUUGGAAAGAAUGAUUAAAAUACAGGAUUCUCUAUACCUGUACGCAUGUAAACACAACAUCUCUCAGUUAUCUCCUGAAGAAUGGCUGCAGCUUAAAAAAAUAGUGACUGUACUUCAACCUUUUGAGGAAAUCACCCGAAAUAUGAGUGACAAUAACACCAGUAUCUCAUCAGUAAUUCCACUUAUACACACACUAAAGUAUACAUUACACACUGAAUGCAGUAAACAAGACACAAAUGAAAAAUUUAAAAGUAUAAUAAAAUGUACCAUCAAUCAAUUAAAUUCCAAAUUUGGUGACCUUCCAUCAAACAAUUUCUUUGCAAUAGCAACAUAUCUAGAUCCUCGCUAUAAAACAAAAUUUUUUAAUGAAGUGGCUAAAGAGAAGAUUGAAACAGAAAUAAUGUCACUAUUUGAUGCAAAUACAUCUCAAACCGAGGCUGAUAAUAUUGCCGUUCCUGUAGAAAAACGGGCAAGAAUGGAAUUACCAACAGAAGCUAGCCAUAGUAAUGUCCAAACAGUUUUGUCGAAUAUAUUGUUAAGUAGUGAUGAAGACGAUGAUAAUACCACAUCUGAAAAAUGUUUAGUUUUUGAUCAAUUUGUUGUAAUGAAAAGUAUACUCAAUGAGUUCAAUAAAGAAAAACGUAUAAGUAUUAGUGAUGAUCCGUUAUUGUGGUGGAAAUCACGUCCAAUUCAAAUAAUUCGUGCCGGCGGAUCUCAAGCCGACACGACUCCAGGACCUAACAGUAGUAUGAGCAGUGAUAAUAGUAAUAGUGAUAGUAAUACAUAG